UUCCUCUCCUUUUCCUUCUUUUUGCAUCUCAAGACAUUCUUCCAUUUUUGCAUGUUUAUAUACCCCUUUUUUUUAUGUAGUUGUUUGGUUAAGGUUUAGGGUUUGAUGUUGAUCUUUUUGUGUUGAAUAUUGAAAAAUGUUUGAAAUUGAGGUUGGUAAUGUAUAAACUCCUUAAAGAUUAUACAUAGGGUGAGUGAUGGCUCCUGACAUGUAUAUUUUGAUGUUCAAAUUUGUAGGUUUUCAUAGGCCCGAUGGUGAGGAGGCCUUGCAUCCCCAAUAUGUUGUUUACAUGAAAUUUUUAUUCGUAGGUAGUUGUGAAGCUCAACAUGUGGCGACUCCAUGUAUGACCCUUAAAGCAUCUCAAUCCAAGAAAAGGAAAACUAUUAUUGCCGGAAGCCUCACCACUUACAACAAUAAUCUCAACAUCGAAGACUAUGUACAUAAUGAAGAAGGUGACAAUGGUGGUGCUAAUGAAAAAUACAAUGGGCAUGAAGAUGACGAACAAGCUUGGUGAGGAAGAUCUGGCUACGAGUGGCAUCUAGAAUGUCAACGGUUGAAUUGUGGGGAUGCUCUGAUAUUGUGACAUCGGGUCAGAGGAUUUUUAUAACAUAGGUUUUUUAUAUGGAUUUGGAAUUGUAAAUGUUAUUUUUGGAAACAAUUUGUAAACUCUUGCAUUUCAUUUUUAUU